AUGUCCUCCACCCUUCCAGAUGCCUCCCCAGUUGCCGAAAAGGCCGGACAGCCCGGAAAUCACGAUGCCGCCAGCACCGCCGAACUCGCCAGUCUUAAGGUAAAGCUGCGCGGUGCCCUGCGCCAAUUCCCGGACUUCCCCUCUCCGGGAAUUUUGUUCGAGGAUAUUAUGCCCAUCUUCGCCGAUCACACUCUGCAUGAGGCCCUCAUUCGCUCCCUGGAGCUGCACAUUCUCGCCAACCACGGUGGCCAGAAGCCCGAUGUCAUUGUCGGCCUUGAGGCUCGUGGCUUCCUGAUGGGUCCCAGCCUGGCCCUGCGUCUCGGUGCCAGCUUCGUUCCCGUGCGCAAGCAGGGCAAGCUUCCCGGUCCUUGCGAGACCGUUGGCUACGAGAAGGAGUACGGCCAGGACUUCUUCCAGAUGCAGGCUGACUCCAUCAAGCCCGGCCAGAAGGUCCUUAUCAUUGACGACAUUAUCGCUACUGGUGGCUCUGCCUACGCUGGUGCUGAGCUCAUCCAGAAGAUGGGCGGCGAACUUAUGGGCUUCAUCUUCCUCCUCGAGCUUGAGUUCCUCCACGGCCGCGACAAGCUCCCCGCCCCCGUCUACACUCUCCUUUCCGGCCAGGCCUAA